AUGGAAGUUAAUGAACGAUCUAUAACAGAUUCUGAUGCAGAAAAUAAAAUUCUUUUGGAACCCUAUGAAUAUAUACGUACAAUACCUGGUAAACAAAUUCGACCAAAAUUAAUUAAAGCCUUCAAUUUUUGGCUAAAUAUACCUGAUGAUAAACUUAUUGUAAUUGGUGAUCUUAUUGAAAUGCUUCAUAAUGCAUCUUUACUUAUUGAUGAUAUUCAAGAUAAUUCUAAAUUACGUCGUGGUGUGCCAGUUGCUCAUAAUAUUUAUGGCGUACCAUUAACCAUAAAUGCUGCUAAUUAUAUUUAUUUCUUAGCUAUGCAACAAGCUCUUACAUUACGACAUCCUGAUGUUACACAAAUAUUUGUUGAACAAAUGCUAAAUUUACAUCAUGGACAAGGUAUGGAAAUAUGGUGGCGCGAUAAUUUUGUAUCACCAUCGGAAGAUGAAUAUCGUCAAAUGGUUUUAAAAAAAUGUGGUGGUCUAUUUAAUUUAGGUGUACGUCUUAUGCAAUUAUUUUCAUCAAUUGAAAUACGUCAUAAAUAUAAAUUUGAUAGAUUAUGUCAUUUAUUAUCUUUAUUUUUUCAAAUACGUGAUGAUUAUUGUAAUUUAAUAUCAAAAGAAUAUACAAAUAAUAAAUCAUAUUGUGAAGAUUUAACAGAAGGAAAAUUUUCAUUUCCUAUUUUACAUGCUGUUAAUACACAUGAUAGAGAUACACGUAUUAUACAUAUACUUAAACAACGUACACAAGAUAUUGAUUUAAAACGUUAUUGUAUACAAUUAUUAUAUGAAUUUGGUUCUAUUGAAUAUACACGUCAAACAUGUAAGGAUUUAGCAAAACAAGUAUUUGAUGAAAUUCAUAUACUUGGUGGAAAUAAUUAUUUAGAAAAUAUUAUUCAAAAUUUAAUGGAAGUAUUUCAUAAUGAUGAUGAUAGUGAAAAUGAACAAGAUAUUGAAAGUGGUAAUAAAUAUGUUAUUAAUCAAAACGAUGAAGAUAAUCAACAACAAUAUGAACAAAAUAAUAGAAGUCAUAAGAAGAUUAUGACGUAUAAUGAUGGACAAUAUCAAAUGUAA